AUGCUCGACGAGAAUUUACCAACCUUCUUCUUUAGACUCUCUAAUAAUCCUCUAUGCAAGAUCUUAUACUUCUCUCAAAAUGGCUCCGAGCCAGCACCUGAAUACUCGCUCCAAAAAAUGAAUCCGGACUUGCCCCAAUCUAGGAAUAAGUACGCCGUGGCCUUAGGAGACGCCAGUUUUCAAGAUGUCAUCUUGGCCGAGGUCUUGAUCGAGCCCGAAUUUCAGCAGCCUAGUUUGUCCGCUGCCGAAAUCAGGCAGCAGAAUGGCGUUCCGCCCCCGCCUGUACCUCUGAUCCCGGAUGGGUUCACAAUACAGCUCUACAACCCGGAGCAGCAGGUUACGGUGAAGGGCGAGAAGAGCACCUGGACCGGAAAGGAGUCUUGGGAGUUUGAGAUGCCUCAGCAGAGCUUUCGCAUGCCCUCGGUAUCCAAAGUCGAUCGCCAGCAGAAUAGCCCGGUCGCAAGCAAUCUCACGCCCAAGAUCAUGUUUAAGUGGAAGAGAGAUAGCAAGUUUUCCAAGGAUAUGACAUGCUACAUGACAGGCACGUCCAUUGGUGGCAAGAAGAGCAAGGACCCGGAUAUCACCAUAGCGUUAUUCAAAAACGGGAGAGAACCUAGUGUCACCAUUUACGAGCCGAAUCUCCAGAGGGUGGACCUAGAAGAUCGCAAGGGCCUCGAAGUCAUACUGCUGCUCGGCGCCGAGGUCAUCCGCGAGAUAUACCUAUUCCCUAAUCGGGACUCAUUCAAUAUUUCCGGUUCGGCGAAUAGGCGCAAGAACUCGAGACCCACACCCACCUUGUCAACAUCACCACGUCUCAUGACAGGCGCAUUCGUCGAUUUGCCUCCCCCGAAGACCACCUCGCCCGUCAUCAGGCAACAGCCCACGCCUCCCUCGGAAUUCACCAUCGAUGCGGAGACCAAGCGUCUGCAGGCGCUAGUCCAGCAGGAGGAGCGCGACCGCGAGAAGCGGGACCGCGCGGAGCAGGAGCGCAUUAAGCGUAUGCUCGAGGAAGAAGAGGCGAAGGAACGCCAGCGGCGCGAGGCUGAGGUCGCCAAGGAGACGGAACGGCUGAGGAGGCAGUUCGGCAUAGCGGGCCAGGACUUCGGUCCUAAACCGAACUUGCCACCCCGACAACAGGGACAAGGACAAGGCGUUGGCGUCGCCGGUCCGAGUCGCAACAAUCAGUUGCAGCCGCCGGUUCAUCCACCCAUGCGGCCUGUCAGCGCGGAACCUAGACCGCAUGCGCAUGCACAUAGCGGUGGGUUUGGCGGUUGGUUUCAUGCUGUGGGGCCUACACCCGGCGCCCCUGUACCGCAGGCGUUUGGAUAUGGAUAUGGGCAGCAACAACAGCAGCAGCAGUCGAGUUCUGGACGAAGGAGAGUUGGUAGCGCGGAUAGUGGGACCGGAGGCAUAAGUGGGAUGGGGAAGAUGCUGAAGAAGAAGAGUACGCUGUUUUGA